ACGAGGCAUGGUUGACCUUGACACCCGCAGUGAUGCCUCGCCCACCACAUCGUAGGAGAGGCGAAGGCACUUUGCUGGACUCAAUCCGUGAUACUGUACUCACGGCCGUUUCAGCGACUACCUAGAGCAACAUGGGAUCAAUAGCAAACGACUCGAAAGCUCCCGUGGUGUGUGUCUUCUGUGGCACAUCCCCAGGUAACUCUCCAGAGUACGUACAGUCUGCUCGCGACCUCGCCCAAGGAUUCCAUAAGAAUGGGAUCAAGCUCGUUUAUGGUGGCGGCACAUCGGGUCUGAUGGGAGCUAUGGCCUCGGAAUUAGUACGCUUAUCUGGCCCCGAAGCCGUCCACGGUAUCAUCCCGAAUGCGCUCCAGGCGUUCGAGCGGAAAGAUGAGAUAGAAGACAAGGGAGAGAAGGAGCAGAAAAAGGUGGACGAGGCCAAGUUUGGCAAGACAACCGUGGUGCCAGAUAUGCACACUCGCAAAAAGACAAUGACAGACGAGGUCCUUGCGGGUGGUCCAGGCAGUGGUUUUGUAGCACUCAGCGGAGGAUAUGGAACACUAGAAGAACUCAUGGAGAUCGUUACUUGGAAUCAACUCGGCAUUCACGACAAGCCUGUGGUGCUGUUCAACGUUGCAGGGUACUGGGACGGGUUGCUACAGUGGGUGAUGAAGGCCGUAGGCACUGGGUUCAUCGCAGAGGGCAACUCGAACAUCAUGGCGGAGGCGAGUACAGCUCGCGAGGUGCUGCAGCGGUUGUCCGAUUAUGAAGCUGCUGAAGGGCGUUUACAACUAGAUUGGCAGAACCAGUAGAUGGUUGGCAUUUCAUCCAUUUUGGGUUGCGGUGAGCUCCGAGGUCUUGUAGGGCAUGUCCGAGUUGUUGUUUCGCUUUCGAGAG